CUCCAUUAGCCUUGGCGGCAUUGCUAGUCGGUUGGUGUUGGCGCGGCCUUCUGCUUCUCUAUAUAUAUUCUCUCCCUCCCUCUCUCUCUCUUUAUUUGUUUCGUUUGUUGUUAUUUCUCUGCUAAACUAAAAUUCCCAGGAUUUCCCAUGAAACCCCAAAACCAAAAAUCCCUCUCUCAACGCAUUUUCCAUCACUUUCCCGAGGAAACACUGUCCUAAACCUCUCACAUUCUUCCACCUGCCUUAUCGCCGCUGUUUCCACAUUUACCUCCUAAACCCUCGUCCCUUUGAGCUUUUAUUUUGGGUAUCGUGGAUAGAAAAGCGUUUAAAGAGGUCAAUUAUUAAGGGUUUUUAUUUUUAUUGAAAGGUAUGGGGAGCGUGGAUCGACUUGAGCAUCGGACUUUUAAGCUUAAUUUCACGGGAGAUGGAGCGGAUAAGUUGAGAGAGAGUGUUAAGGAUAAGCUUAAGGAGUUCAUGGGCGAUUAUACUGAUGAUACUCUUGUGGAAUAUGUGAUUGUCUUGCUGAGAAAUGGCAGGCGUAAAGAAGAAGCUAGGAAUGAAUUGGAUGUUUUUUUGAGGGAUGAUAGCGAUUCUUUUGUAUCUUGGCUGUGGGAUCACCUGGCCUCAAAUUUGGAUUUAUAUGUACAGCCUCAGGAGACUUGUACUAGUGAUGUAGUCAAAACAAAACCGGCACUGGGAGAGUUGGCUGAUAAGAAUGAAUUUCAUCACAUUGAUUCUGGAUCUGGUGAAGGAAAGUGUGAUAACUUCUGCAGAAGUCGACGCAAAAGAGAAUGGAAAGGUUUAAUGAGGGAUGCUACUGAACUGCCUCUUAGAAGCUCUGAUGUUAAUAGUACACAUUUAGAUGAAAGAAGUUGUCACAAAGCAAGUCAUGCAAGAAGAUCUCCAUCUCCUCAUCCUCCACAACAGAAGAAAAAGAGUCGGCAGGAUGAGCGACAGCAAAUGAAGAGGGAGGCCGUUUCUCAAGCAACAAUUGAUGCUCCUCGGCGACUACUUCAAUUUGCAGUACGAGAUGCUGUAGGAAAUUUGAGGUCUUCUCAGGUAAAAGAGCCCUCACUAAAGCGGCUUCGUUCUGCGGUGUCUACAUCCACUGGAGAAUCAUCAUUAGUUGAUCAUCCUCGGAGGAUUCAGUCGAUUACUAGAGUUCCAAAUCCUAUGGCUACUGUAAUUAAAGCUGUGCAAGAAGCUGCUGAAGAUGCGGUAAAAGUUAAAUCUCGUGAAAUGGAUGUAUCCGAUACUGCUGAACAAUUCAGAGACAUUAGAGAUGCUGCUGUUGAAGUUGAAGAAUGUGAAGAAUUUAACCAAAUUCCAGAGCAGAUGCACUCGAUCUAUCAUCAAAGAUGUGGAGGGAAUAUUGGUAUUAUGGAGACUGAAGUUGGGUUGGCUGGUGUCUCAAUGUCUGACAACGAAGGUUAUGAUGAUGAUGAUGAUAUGGGCCGGAGAGUUAUGGAUGUGUCUGAAACUGGCACAUCUGGUGGAAAUAAGAGGGAUGAUUCACUCAUGGUACAGUACAGUGUAACUAAGAAUGCUUAUGAUGUAAUGCAAAUUGCCCGAAAUAAGGGUCAGGAGCAACCUGUUUCAUCUGCUAAAACUUCGCUAAACAUUUCUGUGAAUCGAAAUACCUGGAAAGCACCUCAUUAUCAGGAAUCUAGAGAGGUUACGGAAAUAGGUAAUUGGAAAUCUGUUCGGGAGAACGAGGUAGAUGCUAGGAAAUCUGGUAUGCUAGGAAUGAAGGAGAAUAGCGAUGUUAAACAGGCACAGCCAGUUGAUGAUACACAGAAAGAAUUUCUGAAGACACUGCAAUCUGUGCCUGGUUCAUAUACUACUGGUCGUCCAUUAGAGGAUGCUGAUUCUCGAACCAUUUUUGUUAGCAAUGUUCAUUUUGCUGCUACUAAGGACAGCCUUUCUUGGCAUUUUAAUAAGUUUGGUGAAGUGCUCAAAGCGGUUAUAGUCACUGAUGCAGCAACAGGGCAACCAAAGGGGUCAGCUUAUGUAGAAUUUAUGCGAAAAGAGGCAGCAGACAAUGCAUUAUCUCUUGAUGGUACCUCAUUUAUGUCUCGGAUUCUCAAGGUUGUAAAGAGAAGCCCUGCCCACCAAGAAGCUACUCCUAUCAUGACAUGGCCCCGUGUUGUCCAUGGCUCUCCAUAUGCUACUGCUAGGUUUACCAGAGUUCCUUUUCCUAGAGGUAUUCCUGGUGCAUUUAGGCCUCGCCUUCCUACGAAACCUGGUGCCAGAAGUUUCCAGUGGAAGCGAGAUGCUAAAGGCAUCCCAGCUGAGAGGGGGGCUCUAGUCUCAGGGAGCACUCUUGUGUCCCCUACUGGCAGGAGUCUUACCUAUGUCCGAACAGAGCCUAAAACCUGAUGAGAAUUCGGUUACCACUUUAUAGAACAAUGCAUAUUUUCCUUUGCCCAAAUGUUCACUCGUCAGAUUGCGUUGGAAUGUACCAAUCGUGACUGCAGCGAAGAGAGAUGGAAAUUUGUGAAUAGCAAGAGAGAUUCUCUUGCUUGUUAGAGUAUCGAUCUUUUGUAUGUGGUGAAGGAUGUGCCUGAAUUGGUGGAAAUCUAAAGGAGUGGAGUGACAUGGAAGAGUGUCUUUAGCAAAUAUUUUAUUCUUCAUGGGGCUGGGGUUUUUGACAAAUGCAAUGGGGAAGAGACAAGGGACUCUGGCUGCCAAGUUUUCUGGUCCCUGAGUGAUUUAUACCAUUAGAUGGAAAUUUGUGAAUAGGAUGGAUGACGCAGUGAUUUCUUUUGUU